ACAGAGCACUUCUUCCCUUAUCAACGAAUUAUGUAGUCAGUCGAAUUUUUAUCGACUACACAAUUAGCAAAUUACUGCCUCUUACCGUCCUUACUCCUCAGUAGGGACUAUUGGUAAAUAGUUAACCAAUAAGCCAUAGGCUUACUGGUCUACCCUGCCUUUCUGGUGAACACAGGAGACAGGAUACGGGGAGACAAACAGUGUGGAGCUGCUGGGGAAUCAGAUAGGGAGGUGUUCCUACGGAGUAGUAGGGGAGGACAGGAGAGGAAAGGGAAUGGAGGAGGGGGGAAUGGAGGGAAUGGGAGCUCUGAGGGAGAUGUGCCUGACUGAAUGGGAGAGGCUAGGGUGGGCCAGACAGCAGGACCUCAUGAUAGGCGUAGAGUUAAAAUGGUUAACCAGUUAAUAAUGUUAAUAUCCCUAAUCCUCAGUCAGCUCUUUUAAUUCUUGGAUACAAGUUACCUAGAUCUGCUGAUUAGAAAAAAAAAAGUCUUAACUUUAGUAACUGCUGGUUAAUGUUCUCCUGAGAUAUUAAUGGAAGGAAAAGUAUUCUCAUGACUACAUCUGUUCUUCCCAGCUAUAGAACAGAAGUACUAUGGAACAUAAUUAUUAUUGAUAAUUCUACAAUUUCCAUCUAUCAAUGGACCAAUACCGUUAUGAAUCUUUGUUCCUAAUAUACUUUAAAAAUCCCUUAUUGCCCUUAACUCUGCUGAUAAGAUUCCUCUUUAUGUCCCUAUACUUCCCUUGUCAAUUUUUCUAGUUCCCAUAUUGAUUUGUAUUGAUAACCAUCAACUUCAUUUCUUCCAUUUAUAUAUUCUUAUAUAUAAAACUAAUAUGGGCUUUUUCCUCAGUUGUGGCUAGUAAAGUAUUCUUAACCAAUUUCCAAUUAUCACAAAAAAAAUUUCUGAAUAAAUUCUUCCUCCUCGCUAAUCUGGCUCAAUUGUUUUCAGCAUUGUGAAACUGGUCUUUCAAAAGUAUCAAGUAUACAUGCCAAUACUAUGGACUUAAUUCCGUUUAUCACUAAAACUGCUGUAAGAUUUGUUCUUUAUGGUAUUUUUUCUAGAAUAAAUUUGUUUUUGAACUUAAGAAAUACUAAUGUAGUUGGGAGCAUCUUGUAUGAGUCAAAUGUGGUUUGGCAGCUCAGCUUUUCAUUAGGUGUGGGCUAAAGAUACUUGCUUGGUAUCUGGAUAUACAAUACCUAGACUGGACCACCACCUUCAUACUACUAAUCAUAAAAGCGUUAAAUUCAUAACAAAACCAGCUUUCACGAGUUGGAAUCCCAGUGGUGAUAUUAACAGGCACAAACAGAAAACAACGUUUUAAAUAGCCCAGUGCCAAUCUCCUCUUUUAUAGCUGGGGUUUCAGUUCUAUGGACUCUGAUGUCACAAACCGCCCUCGAGACGGGCUGCCAGGGACUGCCGCAGCUCUCAGGGAAGGGAAACGACCUUUACAAGAAACUACCGCCCCAGGCAGCUUCAUGCAUCGCCUUGAGCCUGGCCGGUCGCCCGUGCUGCUUGUCUUUACAACUGACCCCGAUCAGGAACAUCAUCUUCAGCGAGCUAUCUCUGCACAACAGGUAUAUGGAGAGAAGAGGGAUAAUAUGGUUAUACCAGUUCCAGAGGCAGAAAGUAAUAUCGCUUAUUAUGAAUCUAUAUAUCCUGGGGAAUUUAAGAUGCCAAAGCAGCUCAUUCACAUACAGCCUUUUAGUUUGGAUGCUGAACAGCCUGAUUAUGACUUGGAUUCAGAAGAUGAGGCCUUUGUGAAUAAGUUGAAGAAAAGAAUGGACAUUUCUCCUUUGCAGUUUGAAGAGAUGAUAGAUAGGCUAGAAAAGGGCAGUGGUCAGCAGCCAGUCAGCCUGCAGGAGGCCAAACUGUUGCUGAAGGAAGAUGAUGAAUUAAUUAAAGAAGUGUAUGAGUACUGGAUUAAAAAGAGGAAAAACUGUCGCGGUCCUUCACUUAUCCCAGCAGUAAAACAAGAGAAACGAGAUGGUUCCAGCACAAAUGAUCCUUAUGUUGCUUUUAGAAGGCGGACAGAAAAGAUGCAGACUCGAAAAAAUCGAAAGAAUGAUGAAGCGUCUUAUGAAAAGAUGCUUAAGCUGCGUCGAGAUCUGAGUCGUGCAGUGACUAUCUUAGAGAUGAUAAAAAGAAGGGAAAAAAGCAAGAGGGAGUUGUUGCAUUUAACACUGGAAAUUAUGGAAAAGAGGUAUAAUUUGGGCGACUACAAUGGAGAGAUCGUGUCUGAGGUCAUGGCACAACGGCAGCCAAUAAAACCUACCUAUGCUAUCCCCAUCAUUCCUGUUACAAAUAGCAGCCCAUUUAAGCAUCAAGAAACUAUGGAACUCAAGGAAUUUAAAAUUAACAAGCAAGAGAAAGCUGAUAUUAUAAGACCCAAAAGGAAGUAUGAGAAGAAGCCCAAAGUCUUACCUUCAUCUGCUGCUGCUACUCCUCAACAGACAAGUCCUGCUGCACUGCCAGUCUUUAAUGCUAAAGAUUUGAAUCAGUAU